GGGCCGCGGGUCACGUGAUGUUUGGGUGCCGGCAGCAGGGCGCAGCCUCGCGGCGAGGGGCGCGCGGCGGCAGGAAGAAAAAAUAGCAAGUUGGAGGAGGUGAACAGCAGAGUGAAAGUUCUUUGAGAAGGUUAGAAGAAAAUCUUGUGUGACCUGGGGAACGGGACUUAAGAAGCAGUUGGUUUGAAGAAUAAUCCUGCAUCCAUUGCUAUCUAGAAGAUGUCUUAUGGAUCCAUUGAUGGUAGUGGCUUUGGGAGUAGGAAUCCAUUUGGAGGCCCUUCGAGACAAGGCUAUCAACCUCUCGCCACCCAGAUUGAUCCCAGCGAGCUACAGGAGCUUUUUCAGGAGACUUCAGCCAACGUCUUCCGAAUUAACUCCAAUGUGACCUCUCUGGAAAGAAGCCUUCGAUCUCUGGGGACCUCAAAUGAUACUCAAGAGCUGCAGGAUGGACUGCAUGCAACCCAGCAGGAGACUAAUAAAACCAUCACGACUAGCACCAAAGCCAUCAAGCAGCUGUCUGAGGUUGUCAGAGGCUCCUCCAGGCAAGAGCGACUUCAGCUGGACAGGCUGAAGAACCAGCUGUCUGAUGCCAUCCAGAGAUAUGGAGCUGUGCAGAAGAAAAUAGCAGAGAAAUCCAAAGCUUUGCUUCCUACCGGGCAGAGAAGUACCAAACAGCAGAGCCCUAGGACUCCCUUCUCGGACCUACCUGAUGAUGAGAAGAUCUUUAACGGGGGAGAUGGCACGUGGCAGAGCCAGAGCCAGGAUCAAGCCUUGCUCUCAGAAAUCACAGAAGAGGACCUGGAGGCCAUCCGUCAGAGGGAGGAGGCCAUUCAGCAGAUCGAGAGCGACAUGUUGGAUGUGAACCAGAUCAUUAAAGACCUGGCCUCCAUGGUGCAUGAGCAAGGAGACACAAUAGAUAGUAUUGAAGCCAACAUUGAGACUGCAUCUUCUAAUGUAGAGUCAGCCAAUGAGCAGUUGGCAAAAGCCAGUCAGCACCAACUACGAGCCAGGAAGACGAAGUGCUGCCUUCUUUCCAUCGCAUUGGCCGUUCUGCUCUUCAUUGUCAUAAUCAUCGCGGUCUCUGUCAAGCGCUGAUCUGGCUACAGUUUCCACAGAGCCUGCCAUCACCCUGUGACGUGGAAUGGAGUCUCAAAGCAUUUCACAUUCAGGCCCUACGUCAACGUCUGCUUUACUGAUCACGUCGCAUUAAAACUGCUAUAGCCAACAAACACUAAUUGUAUGACAGAAAAGCUAAGUUUUAUACUGUGUGUUACUAUAAUUGUGAAUAAUUUUUCGGUUUUGGUUUGUUUAUUUUUUUUUCCCUGUCAUUGCUGACAUGUUCUCUCUUACGGUACAGAUUUUAAUUAUGUCCCCUGUGUAUCUGGGGAAUGCUAUUUCUUUUUUGCCUCCAGAUUUAAUACACAGUGCUGUAAGAUAUGUAGCUGUUAAUUAAUCUUUAUUGUUUGUGUUUUUAACAUGCUCCUUUAUCUCCAGUUCUGCUCAUUUAAACCCGUGAAAGUCAAAACGUUUUGUUUGAUUCAUUUUUGUUGUCGUUUUUUGUACAUUUUAAAAAUAAUCUAGCUCAGAUUCUCCUACUGUGCACAGAUCUGCCAGAUCUAUGUAAUUUCACAAUUUCCUGUGCCAUUUGCAAGCACAUCAAUUAGAUGCUUAUUUAAUCCCAUUGUAUGCGCAGAACGCCACAUGUAUUUAUGAGAAACACUACUGGAAGUGCAGGACAAAUAAACAUUAAAAGAUAUUGUUACAAUUUUUUUUUAAAGAGAAAGAAAGACCUUUAAUCUGUUAAAAAACAUCAAGCAGGGCAUCUCAUGAAAAAAUGUCAGUUUUGCAUUGGAAUUCAUUUCAUAGGUUUCAACGCAAUCAGCAUUUUGGACUUUGUUCCAUUUUCACCCACAAUCUUUUCUGCUGAAAACAUGAUUGAAAAUGCCAUUUAAAUUUUUCUUUAAAUGUGUUGUGUACUAUAAAUGCAGUUUUCCUCCAGUAAAUAAAGCACUUCAAAAAUGGUUUUAAUUAAAAUGU